AUGGCCCUUGGGGCCGCGGUUGUCGGUGCUGUGCCUCCUUUGGAGAUCAAGGGAACUGACUUCAUUAAUCCCGAGACUGGCGACAAAUUCCAGAUUGUUGGUAUGGCCUACCAACCUGGAGGCAGUGCCGGUUACGAUCCUUCCAGCGGAAGAGAUCCUCUCAGUCACAAGGACGAAUGCAUGCGAGAUGCUGCUCUCAUGCAGAUUCUUGGGAUCAAUGCGAUCCGUGUUUACAACCUCGAUCCCAAUAUCAACCAUGAUGAGUGCGCUAGUAUUUUCAAUGCUGCCGGCAUGUACAUGAUGAUUGAUGUCAACUCUCCCCUGCCUGGUGAAGCUCUUCACUCGGAGAAGCCCUGGGAGAGCUACUACACAGCCUACCUUAACCGCACUUUUGCCAUCACUGAGGCGUUUGGCAAUUAUCCCAACACUCUUCUAUUCUUCUCCGCCAACGAGGUCAUCAACAACCAGGCCACUGCUGAGUUUGCUCCUCAGUAUAUCCGUGCUGUUACACGCGAUCUCAAAAACUACAUCAAGAACAACUUGAAGCGCCAGAUUCCUGUUGGUUAUUCCGCUGCUGACGUCCGCGAUGUUCUCUGGGAUACUUGGAACUACCUUCAGUGUGCCGACUCGGAGGACAAGGGUGACAUGAGCCGUGCUGACCUCUUUGCGCUCAACUCUUACUCAUGGUGUGGACCUGAGGCCACCUUUGAGACCUCUUCCUACGACGAUCUUGUUGCUGGCUUCAACUCAACCUCUAUCCCGAUCUUCUUCAGCGAAUAUGGGUGCAACAAACCUCAGCCUCGUUACUGGAACGAGACUCAAGCCAUGUACGGAGACGAAAUGACCCCGGUUUUCUCUGGUGGCGUUGUGUACGAGUAUACUGAGGAGGACAACAACUAUGGCCUCGUCAAGAUUACUGGAGACAAGCUUCGCAUUCUUGGAGAUUUCAACCGCCUGAAGAACCAGUUUGCUAGGAUUAACUGGAAGGAGGUCCAAUCUCAGCCUGCAAGCAAGAGCUCUCCUAAGGCUCCGGCUUGUAAGGCUAGCAUCAUCGAGGACAGCGGUUUCGACAACAACUUUACCCUUCCAACCAUCCCUGACGAUGCCCAGAAGCUGGUCGACAACGGAAUUAAGAAUAAGCCUAGCGGAAAGAUCAUCAAUAUCUCGGACUGGAACGUCAAGCUUGAUGUCAGUAACGCUGACGGCAGUGCUAUGAAGGACCUCAAGGUCAUUCCCUUGAAGGACGACGAGUCCAAUGCGUCUGGUAAGAACGACGCAGACACAGGGAGCGAGACUACCGAUGACAACAACAGUACCAACACCGACAACAGCACCAACUCAAAUGGUGGAGAUACCAAGGAUGGAGAGGACGAUGAGGAUGCUGCUAUUCUUAACCGCCCUUUGGCUUGGGUUAUGGCCCUACCUUUAGCCGCCAUGGUGUUUGCGCUUUAG